AUUUCCUUCCUUUCUCCGUAGAAAUUUUCGUCUUUCUCUUCCAAAACUCCUCUUUUCUACUAUUUUUGUGCAUGAAUCGAUCGUUUCGUCUCUGGAUUUCCAAUUUUAGUUUCAGAAUUUCCUAAAGUUUUCGUCUUUUUCGACAUUAGGGUUCCACAAUCAUCAAGAUCCUCUCUUCAAUUUUGGGUUCUGAAGUUUCGGGGUUUCGAUUCCGGGGUCUCAGGGUGACUGAAAUGCACAAGAUCGUGACUUGGUGUUUCUAAAGCCGGAAACUUUCGCGCCCUCUAGGUGCAUGAGGAUUUGGUGUUUUUCAUGCUUUUUCGGCAGCGAAGACGACUGUGAGACCCCGAAGGAAGCCAUGAAGGAGGGGGCUUUCCAUAAUGGCGGUGACCUUGAGGGUAGUAAUACUGGAAAUGACGAUGACUGCCAGAACGCUGCUGGUCAAUUGACUCUCAGUCUCGACAGACUUGCGCCGGCUGAUGAUUCGAGGGUGUUUCAGGAGAGGAUCACAGCGAUGAGGGGUGGAACUAAUUGGGAUGAUGCCUCGUGGCGGCCUUCGUUUCGCUGCUUGAGGCCUGGGGAGGGUGAGAGUAGCAGCUCCGCUUUGGCUGCAGGUACAGAGGAUGGUGAUCACGAUUCCCACCAUAAGCGAGCCAAAGUCCACUCUGGUCAUCAUGAAUGUCAUUUUGCUACCCCAUCAUCUUCCGAUAUUGGGAACUCUAGCUCAUCAGUUGACAAAGUCUAUAAUAUUAAUCACAACUCCUCUACGCCAUCAAAUAAUGGAAUAAUCUAUCAUAAUUUCAUCUUGAAUAAAGGGGGUGAUGAGAGUCGCUUUGAUGCUAGUGGCAGUAAAGAUGAUGAAGAUGAUGAGAGUGGAGCUUCGAGGGCAGACGAAUUAGAAGUUCAAAUGGAUCUGACAGAUGAUUUAUUGCAUAUGGUUUUCUCUUUCUUGGACCACAUUAGUCUUUGUGGAGCUGCUAUAGUUUGUAAACAGUGGCGAGCAGCUAGUGCUCACGAAGAUUUCUGGAGGUGUUUGAAUUUUGAAAACCGAAAUAUAUCUCUUGAACAAUUUGAGGAUAUGUGUCGACGGUAUCCAAAUGCCAGUGAAGUGAACGUUUUUGGAACUCCCAAUUUGCAUUUGCUUGUGAUGAAAGCAAUGACAUCUUUACGAAAUCUUGAGUCUUUGACUUUGGGAAAAGGCCCUCUAGGGGAUAGCUUCUUUUCCACCUUGGCAGAUUGUAAUAUGUUGACGAGUUUGAAUGUGAAUGAUGCUACCCUAGGCAAUGGUCACGAAAUAUCCAUAUACCAUGAUCAAUUGCAUCACCUAAAACUAACCAAAUGCCGUGUGAUGCGUAUAUCCAUCAGGUGUUCACAACUAAAAGACCUGUCUUUGAAACGUAGCAACAUGGCACAAGCAGCACUCAAUUGUCCUCUUUUGCGUCUUCUUGAUAUAGGCUCUUGCCACAAGCUUUCAGAUGCAGCGAUUCGUACAGCAGCAACUUCAUGCUCACAGUUGGAGUCUUUAGACAUGACAAAUUGUUCCUGUGUUAGUGAUGAAACAUUGCGUGAAAUUGCUCUAACUUGUAUUAAUCUCCAUGUUCUUGAUGCUUCAUACUGCCCAAACAUAUCUCUUGAGUCUGUACGUCUGCCAAUGUUAACAGUUCUUAAGCUUGAGAGUUGUGAGGGUAUCACAUCAGCCUCAAUGGCUGCAAUAUCUCAUAGUUAUCAGUUGGAGGUUUUGGAACUUAAUUCCUGUCACCUAUUGACAUCUGUGUCGCUUGAUCUUCCUCGCUUAAAGAAUAUUCAAUUGGUUCAUUGUCGAACGUUUACUGAUUUAAAUUUACAAAGUGUAAUGCUGUCAUGUGUGAUAGUUUCCAAUUGUUCUGCACUCCAGCGCAUUAGCAUCAAUUCAAGUUCACUUCAAAAAUUAGCACUGAAAAAGCAGGAGAACUUGACAACCUUGGCAUUGCAAUGCCAAUCUUUGCAAGAAGUUGACCUUUCAGAUUGUGAAUCCUUGACAAAUUCCAUUUGUGAAGUUUUUAACGAUGAUGGUGGUUGCCCUAGGCUCAAGUCCUUAGUUCUUGAUAAUUGUGAGAGCUUGACAGAAAUUCGAUUCUGCAGCACAUCCUUAGUGAAUCUUUCCCUUGUUGGUUGCCGCGCUAUCACUGCUUUGGAGCUUGCAUGCCGUUGUCUUGAGAAAGUCUGCUUAGAUGGUUGUGAUCAUCUUGAAAGAGCAUCAUUUUCCCCUGUUGCUCUUCAGUCGCUUAAUCUUGGAAUAUGCCCCAAAUUGAACAAACUUACAAUUGAUGCACCACUUAUGGUCUCCCUUGAGUUGAAAGGAUGUGGUGUUUUAUCCGAAGGAUCCAUAAAUUCUCCUCGCUUAACAUCUCUGGAUGCUUCCUUCUGCAGCCAACUCACAGAUGAUUGCUUAUCUGCAACCACAGUUUCCUGCCCACUGAUCGAGACUUUGAUUUUGAUGUCUUGCCCAUCUAUUGGUUCUGAUGGACUGUACUCUUUGCGCUUGCUUCCAAAUCUGACAACACUUGAUUUAUCAUACACCUUUCUGACUAAUUUGCAGCCAGUUUUUGAGUCUUGUUUGCAACUUAAGGUGUUGACAUUACAAGCAUGCAAAUAUUUGGCUGACACAUCACUUGAGCCUCUUUACAAGGACGAUGCUCUGCCAGCACUCCAAGAAUUGGACUUGUCUUAUGGUACCCUCUGUCAGUCUGCCAUAGAGGAACUUCUUGCCUGUUGUACCCACCUAACUCAUGUGAGCUUGAAUGGUUGUGUCAAUAUGCAUGACCUGAAUUGGGGUUCUACUGGUGGUCAACUUUAUGAGUGGCGUAAUCGUGGCAUGUCUUCUCCCAUGAAUGUCACUGAGCCAAUGUCUUCUCCCAUGAAUGUCACUGAGCCAAUGUCUUCUCCCAUGAAUGUCACUGAGCCAAUGUCUUCUCCCAUGAAUGUCACUGAGCCAAUUGAGCAAGCGAACAGAUUGCUGCAGAACCUCAACUGUGUGGGCUGUCCAAAUAUUAGGAAAGUCCUUAUUCCACCAGCAGCUCGUUGUUUCCACCUGUCAUCAUUAAAUCUUUCUCUGUCAGGGAACUUGAAGGAAGUUGAUCUUUCAUGUUACAAUUUAUCCAUUCUUAAUAUGAGCAAUUGUUGCUCUCUGGAAGUUUUGAAACUUGAUUGUCCUAGAUUAACCAGUCUCUUUCUUCAGUGUUGCAAUAUCAAUGAAGGAGUGAUUGAAACUGCCAUAUCACACUGUAGUACACUGGAGACUCUUGAUAUCCGCCUUUGUCCAAAGAUUUGCUCUAUGAGCCUGGGGAGGUUACGAGCAGCAUGCCCAAGUCUGAAGCGUAUCUUCAGCAGCUUGCCUCCUGCAUAAUGCGAUCCUGAAUUUCAACGUGUGGAGGUGUGAAGCAGUCAUGGCUCGAUUGUUGGCAUCAAACGAGCGUGGUAUUGACUACCAUGAUUUGCUUCUCUUGUAAAUGUUCAAUCAUCUCUUCCAAUCUUGGUUUUUGAUUUAAGCAUAAAGGCAGCAGAUGUAGCUGUAUCCUUUGUGUAACGUAUAAUAAAUUGUGUUCUAAAGCUGGUUGUCAUUGUAUCCUUGUUUUGGCUUAUGGAGAUAAUUAAAAUUUAAAAUGAACCCCUUCCCUUUUGAAUGCUUCCCUGUACCUUCUCUCUCAUCAACUCAUCUACAGUUAUAA